GUGCGACUCCUCUCGUCCCCCACGCCACCCCCGCACGCCAGCCUCCCUGCCACGCCCCCUUUUCCCCCCUGCUCCUGCCUCAAACCUUCGCCGCCUCCCUCAGCACUGUCCAUUUCCCGCGGAGCCCAGUGAGCACCACCAAGGGCGCUCUUCCCGCCUUCUCCACGCCGCCACUUCUGCAAGAGAAGCAACACAGGGCCGUCCCGCCCCGCCCCGCCCUGACGCACGCUGGUGCCGGCGUGACCACCUGGCGACACCUGGCGGGCGGCGCACCUCACUACCGCGCCGGGAAACCCAAGCGGCGCUACACUCCCGGACUGACGCAGCACACAUGGAGAAGGCGGAGGGGCAGCAGCAGCACAGGCACGGGGCUCUGGCACUCGUGACUCAGUGAUGCCGCGGCUCAGCGUGGCGUGACUUCUCUUCGUCGCAGCAUUUGUCUGUGAACUUUGACUGACCUGCGGCGCCUUUCUGUGCUUGAUCACAGGCAGCCACUUCUUCACGAAUGACUUUCAGAAGCGAAUUUUUUCUUGUGACAUUCAACGCGUUUCUUCAUCUUUGAUCCUCUUUGCCUCCUUCCUGCAUCAAACAUUCACGCCUCCCACUGUACAUGACCUUCAGCGCCUCCUUCGCGAGUGGGCCCGUAGCCUGGUAAUGCCGCGCUCCUGCCGCUGUGUGUCUGUGUUCUAGUGAGACUUGUGGCAGAGCGAGAGGCGUGGCCCCCGCGUGGCCUGAGGGCGGGUCACCAUGUGCGAGGUGGAGGGCUGCUGCUGCCUCACGCUGCGGCAGGGCUGUGUGCUCAUCGGCGGCAUCACCAUCAUGGUGAGCCUGGUGCAGACCCUCAUCUUCUCGUGGGUGCUCGUGGAGACCUACCACUCCAGCCAGUCCGCCACCGUCGCCUCCUCCUCGGCAGACAACAAUUCAGAGUCGUCCUCCUUCUCCUACUCCUUCCCCUCGCUCUCAUGUCCCCCUGGCUUCUUCCUCCUUAAAACCACUUCCUCCUCUUCAUCCUCCUCUUCGUCAUCAUUACCGUCAUCCUCGUCCACUUCCACGUCGCCUUCGUCAGAGUCGCCGCUUGUUGAAGUAUUGGAAACGACAACAGAGAGUAACGACACAGACGCAGCGGGUUCGCCUCUUACGUUACAGCUACGACCUCAAAGUGACGAGGACCACGACCCGCCGCAGUCCUCUUCGCCGCCCUCGCCUCCUUCAGCCUCCGUCACCUCGGCUACGAAGGUCACGGAGGCUCUGGGAAGCGACGCCACGCCCUUGCUGGCCUCCUCGUCGUCCCCGGAUGGCAAUGAUUCUGUAUGGUCGUCCACGGCGCCGCCCAUAGACGACCAUAAUGCCACCAAGCCGUCCCCGUCGGAGGUGGCCGGAACUAGAACCCCUCCGAGGAUUAACUGCGGCGCCCCAGCUCCUUCCCCUGCUCCUCAUCCUCCGCCUCCUCCUCCCGCAGGCCAGGGUGUGCUGUGGUCCCUGGUGGUGGCCUCGGCUCUCUACUCUUUGGUGGGGGGCCUGCUGGUGGUGGCGGUGCUCAACUACGUGUCGUGGCAGCUUUCCAUCUGGUUCUUCUACACGGUGGGAUAUGACCUGUUCAUGCUCAUCGUGGCAUUGACAGACGGCGUGUACACCAGCUUCUCCGACAUCUCCAGCUACGUCGUGUGUCUCAUCACCACCUACUGCGUCAUCGUGGUCGACUCCUACUACGAGAAGCUGCUGCACGAUGAGCGAGUGGAUAAAGCCAGCGGUGGGGGACGGCGCCGCUCCAGCCUCGUCAUCGUGAGGUCCUCGCCAGACUCGCCUACUUCACAGCACGACUACAUUCCACCUACUUCCUACACCCUUAAUACCCACAACACCCUCGCGCCCCCACCCGUCAGCCUGGCGCCCCCACAGCCCUCCACGGCCGUCCGCUACCAUGCCCUGGCCGGCUCGCCCUCCAAAGAGCCGCCCUCACACAAGCAUCACCGCCACCGCCACCACGCAUAUGAAAACAACAUAUAGAGGCCUCCACGGCGCUCUGCAGGAAAACUAUUAGCGUGAAGGACUCAGGAGAGGACGGUAUCCUGCGUGUAAGUGCCGAGAAGCAUGUCAGUGCGUGCGUGCGUGUGGGGUGGAGGGCAAGACGCGUGAUGCUGAAACGACCCGCCGGGUAUAAACUUUUGCCUCUUAGGACGGGGAAGAACUGACUACUCAUGUACAAGCCAGACAUGACGCACGGCUGAACUCACACGUCCUUUGCUCUCCGACAUCUGACUCCACACCUCCAAUAUCCAUCCCCUCUUUCCCUUGCCGCCCACACCCAUCUUCCGUGACCCUGUGCAGAGAAGGGCGUGGCUGAGUUCUGAAGAAGAGAUAGUCAUGCAUCUCUCAACUCUCCCCAGGCACUUUUUUUUUUUUACCUCAUCAUCCAUGUGCGCCAUUGCCCCAUUGCCACAAGACGAGGUUCGCCACACUUAUAAGUGAAGACUGUGACGGCGUUCUUGUAUCUGGGUGACGUCACUGCUUCUCACACCACCGCAGGCCAACCCGAGUGAGUCAUCGCGGAGUCUUCCAGCGAGACCGGCCCGUCGCUCAGUGAUGCUCAAGUACUAAAAAUAAAACGGCGGCGUGAAAGAUUCAUACCAAUACCUAAUCGUACAAGCCACGGCAGAGGACGCUUGAUGCCCUGACUGACCCGAGCUGACGAAAUGAACAGACUGGGUAAGAUGCAGAUGUGGCGGUAACAAGUAAAAAAAGUUUGUCUAUCAAACUGUGCUCAAGAGCAUUAUUUUCAACUAAUGUACGUAUGGUAUUGAAAGAUGCGGAAUCUUUGACAUCGUUUUGAUUUUCUUCUUCAAAUCCAACAGUAAAGGGAUUCUAUCGAUUAUUCUGCUGUCUGGCAAAGCUUCCGGACUCAUUCUUCAACGGCACUCACCAGCCUUAGCGGAGCAGCUGGCGUUCCUUUGCUCAGCCUGGAAACCACUGACGCACCGAGUAAUGAUGGUUCUUGGGAUGACUUCCAUACGUCACACAGGCGCGCUCACUCGCCUCUGUGUCGCUUCAGUGUUUUGCUCAUGCGGAACGUACCAAGUGUGCUAAUUAGGUUAGGGAUCACGCGGGCGGCUGGACGACUCGUGUUCUAGCGAGUCGCUCCCCACAAGACGGAGCAGCCGCGUUGCGUUGUCACUGUCGUGUUUGUUGUUGUGUAGCGACGUCGUGUGGCCGUGUGUAGGUCACAGUGACUUAACAGUGGUGUCAUAGCGUCCCAGCGUGCACAUCCUUCCAGCACAGCAGCUUUGCGUGUACAAUUAGGCCAGGGGAGGGUAGAGGAGGCCGCCCUGUGUGCUGUGUUUGCCGCAGCACUCGUUCGUAAACCAUGGCGCUGGGGAGCUAUGCUACGCCACGCCAGAAAGGCUGUCACGUGUCAUCCCGCAGCGUGUACCCUUUGUAACACGCCGCGGAGAAUCGUGGCGUGACAUUUGUAACAGGAACUACAUGUAAGAUUAAUGGUUCGUCGUCGGCAUGAAUAUCAUAAAACUUGUAUAAUAAUUCCUCGUGCCGGCGAUGCUGUGACCUUAAAACCAAUCCAUUGUGUGGGAAUUUGUAACUGUUUGUGACGCCACUCCAACCCUCUGUAGUUGUAACAUUUAUAACGCUACGGCAGUAUACGUAUUGCAGCAUUUGUAACACGGCAGCCACAGAGACACUUACGUAACAUUUAUAAAACACCAGCGAAGAUUUGUGACAUUUGCGUCGAGGCGAAAGGGGCAGACGGCACGCAACAGGUGCCAGGUGGGGCUCGUGAGGCCAUGAGGUUAGCCGGGCCUGCCGUGCUCAUGGUGACGUGAAAAUCAAAAUAAAAGACAAGCGGUGGUAAUCGGAGGAGAGAGCUGGAGGGCUUUGCUUCUUCUCACCUUCUGUGCAUACUGCAGCGAGUACUGAACAGCAGCACCGCAGAUUGACACCUACAAGUGUCCCCUCAUUCAAACUACUCUUAGGAGUCUACAUAAUGGAUUUCACUGCUAGAUGAUCCUUAUAUGCAGGAUUCCACAGUUAGACUGUCCAACAUAUAACGGAUUUCACUACUAGUUGAUCCCAAUAUAACAGAUUUCACAGCUAAUGUCCAUAUAUAUGCAAUGGAUAUCACUGCUAGAGUCCUUGUACACCGGACAUCACUGCUAAAUAGUUAAUAUAAUAAAGCAAGCAAGCAGUAGCACAAGACCUUCGUGACAUACUUGAUUUCACUGCUACAUAGUCCCUGUAAUCAAAGAGUCCACGG